AUGUGUCAAUUGGUAGAGUUGAUGAAGACCAUGCUACGUCUUCAAAUUACCAUGGCGGCUGUUGGUGAUAUCAAGAAUGGCCUCAGCGAAUGGGUUCAAAAAUAUGAACAGUGCGUUGUACAACAGCCAUGGAGCCACCUCAACAACUGCCUACUCCAUAUGACGUACCUUGAACAACUCGCAGCGCGCUUUGACCUAGAAGACGAACUUCAGGCAGUUAAUGAGCAUAUCGGAGAUGGGCCUAUUGGGUAUGAGCGCAGCUACCCAGAAUACGCAGACUAUGUGCUGCGACCUCCAUACACAAAAAUCCCACAUAUGAGCCAGGACCUCGAAAGAUGGCUAGCGAUUUAUUUCAGUCAAGUGCUUGGCAAGCGCAAGACUGAAGUCACCACUCACCUAGGCCUGAGUGUGUUGUCCACGGGCAAAUUCCGUAUACGUCACGGUGGAGAUUCGUUCAGAACAGAAGCUGUAUCGAAAAGGACUGGUCAGAACGAACGAAAGAAUUGUUAUGUUCGUUAUGAAAUUCUACAAUAUAGCAGAGGCGUCCGUGAGCCCAUAUGCAAGAUUUGCUAUGGACAUCUCGACAAAAUAUUAGUGUAUCAAGUUCCGAACGACCCGUUCUUCGGCAUCCUCAGCGGAAAGGAACAAGUACUAGUGUUAUUAACACCAUGGAAGACAGACGGACAGGAUGCAGCAAAGACACUCACUUGGGUCCAGGCAAAGUUAGCUCCCAUUAUUACCGACAUUCGAAAUAUAAAGGCCGUUGUUGGAUUGGUUGACACUCGAAAGAGAUCAGGGAUCAUUGAUAGAGCACGGGAGUCUGUAUUUUCUGGAUUUGAUGACUUGGGAGUUGACGAGAACGAUGAUGAUUAA